GGUUCUUACGACCGCCACGGAGCCCACACGAACCAUAAAGAUGCAUGAGUAUAUAGCUGUCCAUGUCGACAGCUAUAUCUUCCGGCAUCGGUCGACCGGCCACGAGCAUGAUCGCGUCAAACUACUCUCAGAUCCCUCGACCAACUCUCCGUAGACAUCGAAAUGGGAUCCAAAAUCGAGAUCACACCCAACCUCGCCGAGAAGGGCGAUCAGCAUGACGAACCACUCGACUCCACUCCCAGUACUGGACCUCGACACCCGAAACAGCGAGGCAAAAAGUCAAAGUUACCAGGCCCCCUGUACAUCCUCUCCUUUGCCCCACCUUUCCCACGGAUCACCCAAAACCCCCUCGGAGCGAUCACACACCCCUACACCCUCUAUAUCAUCGGUAUCCUAACGGCGCUGGUAGCAGGUGUGGGGUUACCAGCGUUCGAUAUCAUCUACGGGUAUUGGACGACGGGGAUCACCGAUUCGUACGAUUCGAAUCAGGCGAUUGCUUCCAGGGGGCAGCAUGCGGGGUGGGUGAUGACGAUUGUGGGGGUUGUGACGUUGGGGUCGUUCGUAGCGUUUUUGGGAUGUUGCUCACUCGCCGGCCUGAAACUCGCCGACGAACUCCGCUCGGCUUACUUCGAAUCGAUCCUAGGGCAAGAUCUUACGUUCUUCGACCAUGUCGGAGCGGGGGAGGUCGCGGCGAGGUGUAGCAAGGAUAUUUCCACUAUCCGGGUCGGGUUUGGAGAGAGGAUUGGGUAUGUGACUAGUAAUCUGGCUGUGGUCAUCGCUGCACUGGUCUCCAGCUUCGUACAAUCCCCCAAGCUGGCGGGUACCCUCUUCGCCCUCAUCCCAUUCAUCAUCAUCCUCACCGGUCUUCUAGGCUGGUGGUACCGCUCCAAGACGGUCGCCCAGGACAAUUUGGAAUCGACGACCUCCUCCAUGAUAGAACAGGUCGUCUCCGCAUCCCGUAUCGUCCAGUCGUUCGGCAUCGGAGAGAGGUUGUUAGCCAAGCUGGAAAGGGAGUCGUUUGGGCCGUUACGAAGGCUGGGGAUGAUCACGGCCAGUGGGAAGGCGCUGGAACAGACGAUGGCGUUCUUCAUCAUCUUCUUGGCGUACUCGUUGUGUUUCUGGUUCGGGUCGAUUGUCGUCGCAGAGGGUACCGAGGUGGGGCACGUCAUGACGGCGCUCUUCAAUAUCAUCAACGUGCUCUUCGCCUUUGCCAUGAGCAUCCCCCAUAUCACGGGGAUCAUCGAGGCGAACAACGCGCUCAAGGCGAUUCGAAAGCAGAUCGAGCGGGAUCCCGUCAUCGACGUGACCGAUCCGAGUGGCCUCGAACUGCAAGGAGACUCGGAAAUCUGGAAGCCCUCUUUCCGCCUUGAGAACGUCACUUUCGCCUACCCGACCCGGGCGAACGUUAAAGCGCUGGACGACGUCUCGCUGGAAUGCCCCGCUGGGAGGUUUACCGCCAUCGUCGGGCCGUCAGGGUCGGGGAAGAGUACUGUGGCGUCUCUACUUCUCAGGGAAUAUGACCCUGAGACGGCCAACGUGGCGAGGGAGGUCGACCUCGAUAUCAAGCGUCAUUUUGAACAGGAGGAUCAGGGCGCGAAUGGGAAGGCCUCGGAAGAAAAGCGAGACAAGCAGGAUGUUCUGUUAGAAGAGGAUCGCGUACAGGGUGCGGGACGCAUCUCGUUUGCCGGACACGACCUGAGGACACUCAACCUACGCUGGCUCAGGAGGCAAGUCGCCGUGGUCUCCCAGAACCCUCAACUGUUCGCCGGAUCGAUCCUGGACAACGUCGCCAGUGGUCUCACCGGUACCCGUCUCGAAUAUCGCCCCGACUCGGCCUCCCCUGAGCUUUUGGCCGAGAUCAGGGAACGCUGCGAGGAAGCGCUCAAGAAGGCCCAGGCGUGGGAAUUUGUACGGGAAUUGGCCAACGGCAUGGACGAGGUGAUCCUCGGGGGUAGAACCGGAGUGUUGUCCGGGGGACAGUUGCAGCGGGUCGCUCUGGCACGCGCUUUUGUGAGCCGACCGCGGUGUUUGCUGCUGGACGAAGCGACUUCUGCCGUGGCUUCCGACGCAGAGCUCAAGAUUACCGACAUCUUGCUGGAAGAACAAAGGACCCGAGGUCUCACGCUCAUCGUCGUCGCACAUCGUCUGUCGAGUAUCGCCAAGGCCGAUAAUAUCAUCGUGAUGAAGGCGGGAAAGAUCGUCAAUCAGGGGUCGUAUCAACAGCUCGUCGACCCGGCAAACUCGGAAAGGACAUUCUUCAACAUGGUCAAUGUGAAGCAUUUGCAAGAAGGCAGGAGGCAGCUGCUGUCGAAAUCAUCGUCGCAAACAGACGUCUCGCCGAUUCCGAGCGAGCUUCCGGCGAUCCGACCUGCGGCCCUUCCACCGGUACAGAUCAGCGAGCCGCUCGUGGUGUUGGGACCACCGAUGCGCAAAUCCACGGCGAUCUUUGGGAUGAACAAGUGGCUACUUUUCGCAGGAACUCUAGGCUCUGCCAUCGGUGGAGGCGCGUUCGUCGUCUCUGGGUGGUUGACCGGGAACGCCGUGUCGAGCUUGUCCAUACCGGAUGACGAUGCCAGAAUGAGGAGCGAGAUGAACCGUUGGUCGCUGUGGUUCUUGGUCGUGGCGCUCGGCGUCCUGGUGGCGUUCUUCGUCGGCGGCUGGACUCUCGAAUGGGCCGGGACGAACAUCAAGCACGGCCUCAAGAGAGAGUCAUUGCGAGCGAUCCUCCGGCAGGAUACCGCCUUUUUUGAGACGGACCAGGGGGGUAGUGGGACCUUGACUUCCGGGAUAUCGUCACACCCGUCAGCCGUGGGGCAGACCGUCGGGGUCAUCUGGUUACAGAUCGUCGUCGCCCUAGCGAAUUUGUUUGGAGCCUUCAUACUCGGUUUCAUACUCUCCUGGCGGGUCGCCAUCAUCGGGCUUCCCGCCAUGUUCCUGGCCAUCGUCGCCGGAUACCUCAACUUUACGUGGCUCGAAGAAUUCGAAUCUCUGGUAGGCAAGGAAUCCGAGAAGAGAUCGAACCAGAUCAGCGAAGCCGUCAACUCGAUCCGUACGAUCGCUAGUCUUACCCGGGAGGGAGAAGUCUUGCGGCGAUUCAAAGCCGCUGCCGCGCGGCCUCGUCAGCAGCGACUCGCUCUGACGCUCGGAGCGGUCGGCUUCGGAGUAUCUCAAGGUGCGACAUUCUUGUUCGGAGCUUUCGUGUUUUGGUGGGGCGCGAGGCUGGUAUCGAGAUCUGAAGUGUCAAUUACGGCUCUCUUCGCGACGACAGAGGCGGUCAUGGUGGCGGCAAUGACUUCUGGGCGCAUCUUGACUUUCAUCGGUGAUGUCAGUCGUACCUCGAACGCGCUCAAGUCGAUUCAGAAAUGGCUCGAUCUGGAACCAGCCCACGUCCAGGCCACAAAAGAUAGUCGCAAGGAUACCGAACUCGGUGGGGAUAUGGUGACCGUACCCAAGGAUCAUACCAUCGCAUUCCAAAGCGUGGACCUGCGGUACCCCUCCCGUCCCGACGCGCUAGCCAUCCAGAACCUCUCACUCACAUUUCAACCCGGAGUGAGCUAUGCCUUUUGCGGUGCAUCAGGUAGCGGGAAAAGCAGUGUGUUGGCGCUACUGCAACGAUUCUACGAACCGACCGCUGGCAAGAUCACGAUCGGAGGCGUCGAUAUCAGGUCGUUGGAUAUGGCCAUCGUACGGGGGAUGAUGGGUUAUGUCAGCCAAGAGGCCGUCUUGUUCCCAGGGACGAUCCGUUAUAACCUCACUCUCGGAGCGACGGACCCUGAUCAUGUAUCUCAAGAGGACCUCGAAUACGCAUGCAGUCAGGCCUGUAUUUUGUCCUUUAUACGACAGCUCGAUAAGGGCUUCGAUACCGAUCUCGGAAUUACGGCGAGUCAGUUGAGUGGCGGACAGAGGCAGCGGUUGUGUAUCGCCCGUGCGCUGCUCAGGAGACCCAAGGUGCUUUUGCUUGAUGAGGCCACGAGCGCACUGGACAACGAGAGUCAAGCCGAGAUCCAGCAGGCCAUGAACCGGAUCUCGGCCCGGGCGGACGCUCCUACGAUCAUAACCGUCGCUCAUCGCUUAUCGACCAUCAGGGACGCUGAUGUGAUACACGUCAUGGAUAGCGGGAACGUUGUUGAAAGCGGGAGUCAUGAAGAGUUGGUAGAGAGGGGUGGGAGGUAUUGGCAUUUGAUAGAGUCGCAGGUAUAAUUUGAUGAUAAAGGUUGUCAUUCCGAUGGACAAGAUCGGAGUGUUUCGCUUGCGUCGCUUGAUACGUAAAGAGGAAAGAUGGAUGUCGUGUUGUGUUCUGAAAGACUGUCUUAUAGCACUCUAUGUACUACUGGCUACUGGCUAUCUAUCGCGGGGUAUGCCUUUGGAACGUGCCAAGUGACCUCGAAUGUUUCAGGUCGACAGAGUGAUUCGUCAUCAUACGGCGACCUCCGGUCUACAAGUCACGUGAUGAGGGCGCGGGCACGGGCACGGGCACUAGGUCAC